GCUGUUCUUAGUCUUAAUACUGGCCCUAAGCUAUUUUCAUAUACUCGAGCCCUACGAUACCCAACCUUGGAAAGGUACAUGGGUAAGGAAGGUGCUGGAUCACGUGACUAUUCGUGUUUCAAGGUUUAGGCGGCAAGCGAUCACUCCUCAUUCCGUUUCAUCUUCUGUCUUCUUUAUGUGCGCUUCCAUCGUCCGGGAAUGCGCCUAUAUAUGAUACAUAUUCCCUGUCAGUCGCAUCGCGGCUGUACGUACCACAAACAUUGGCAGCCGCCUUCCUCGAACGGUGCCCCAGACGAAAAUAGAACAUCCAUCAACACCACCCCGGCGCGUCUUACUCAAGACGGAACGAUAUCGAGUAAUGAGAUUCCGAGACCGAAAGAAGGGUCAUUGGCUUGUUCAAAGCCCGCAGCGAUCCAGCAUCUCCCUGCAGAGCUGCUGCUCUCCAUCUUGGUCUAUCUCCCACCGCUAGACAAAACUAGCCUUGCGCUGACCUGCCGCGCUCUCGCCUUCAUUCUCGGGUCCCACGUCUCGGAAGUAGCAAGCAAGGCGAAAGGAGCCAGUUGGCGCCAGCAUGACGAGUUCCUGGAUCUCUUGCAGAGGGACUUGGACGACGAAAAGUAUUGGCGGUGUCGAGAUUGCCUAACGUUCCACCUGCGGUCACGACCACCUCCGGAGCAAAAGCCAAAGCCUCUACUUGCACAACGCUUGAGCUUGAGGGGCUUCUUCAAUUGUGGAAAGAGCCCUGAAGAGGCGGAUCUAAGGCUUGGAAUCCUCGGCGAUCCCCUCUAUGUGCUCCGUUUCAAUCUCAUCCGAGCCGUCAUGGAUCGACACUUCCUAGGCGCGCCGCACGGUGUUUGUUUGAACAGCAUGAAGUGCAGCGGCACGCGCGUGUUUCCGGUCUUCGGCAUUUCCAACAUGGUCCUCCGGUACGAUGUCACGCCCAAGAUUGUGCUGGACCGCCUCCUCCUCCGCGCGACGUACACUUUCAGCCCGCAGCGUACCAUGUACGUUCAAAAUAUGCGUGUGCACGAGAUCUCCGUCAACGGCUUUCUGGACACGAUCAGCUUCAUGUUUUGCGGACACCAGCAUGUCCGCAAUAUGACGCAAGUGCACGACUUGAAGGAUCGGACUCUUCGUUGCAGUUACUGUCCCACUCAACACAUUCUCACCAUGCCGACACAUGACACCGUCUGCUUUCGAGUCUAUCAGAAUCUCGGUUCAGGACGUAGCCCUUUAGAUGCGAGGUGGAAGCAUUUUGUCCAGCCGUGGGGCAAGGGAACGAAGCAGUAUCCUUGGGGAGGGGAGGACGUCAUGGAGGCUUUUGAACGCAUCUUGUGCAGCACAAGAGAGGAGUUUGAAAGGCAGCUGCAGAAGAGCGAUGGGCUGGGUAACUGGUACGAUCCAGCGUUGAAGAGGAGGACGUACAAGACGCUUCCUAAAUCGGUCGCGCGGGCGUUGUAGAGAACGGGCACAGCACAGCCGGCGCCCAACAUUGGUGUUCGAACAGUCCAUCGGCAGCCCUUCAGGGGACUGACUCGGUCCCGCGGAUUACUCAGAAACGUCACACU